CAGCCGCCUUCACACAGUCUCUAGAGAUCCAAGAAAUUCAAAAAAAUCGGAGACUACGAAGACUUAUCUUCAACUUCACAAAGUUUUGACUGUUCUUCAACCGCGUAAAAACCCCAUCAAUUGAAGCCAUUAUCAUCCCAAUUCCUUCCCAUUAUCACAUUAUUUUUCCAUUUUUAAACAAUCCCACAAGCCGCCAACCCAUCAUCAAUAAAGCUGCACGAUUUCUGCAAGAUUCCGAUACAGACAUACAUAAUAAAAAGCCAAUCUUUUUUCCUUCCUUUAGGAAUAAUUUCGAAACAAUUUUUUUCCAGACUAGCGACAGUUUGAUCUGACUCCAAGAUGGCUUCGAAUAACGAUCCGAAGCAGGGAUCUGGUUUUUUUGCUUCCUUUGCUUCCACAAUUUCCAGCCUUGGCACCGCCAUGUCCAAAUCUGUUAAUGGUUUGAUUGGUUAUGAAGGAUUGCAAGUUAUAAAUCCUGAUGGAGGAACUGAGGAUGCUGAGGAUGAAGCUCGCAAAGGGAGAUGGAAGCAAGAGGAUCGGGAUAGUUACUGGAGAAUGAUGCAAAACUACAUCGGUUCUGAUGUCACAUCUAUGGUUACACUCCCCGUUCUCAUCUUUGAGCCCAUGACAAUGCUUCAGAAAAUGGCUGAGUUGAUGGAGUAUACAUAUCUAUUGGAGUUGGCAGAUGAAUGCGAGGAUCCCCACAUGAGAUUAGUAUAUGCUGCUUCUUGGUUCAUAUCUGUGUAUCCCGCCAUCCAGAGGACCUGGAAGCCAUUUAAUCCAAUUCUUGGAGAAACGUAUGAACUCGUGAACCAUGGUGGCAUUACUUUCAUUGCGGAACAGGUUAGUCAUCACCCUCCGAUGAGUGCAGCUCAUGCAGAAAAUGAGCAUUUUGUGUAUGAUAUCACUUCAAAGUUGAAGACCAAAUUUUUAGGGAAUUCAGUUGAUAUCUACCCCGUUGGGAGGACGAGGCUUACCCUCAAGAAAUCCGGUGUGGUGUUAGAUUUGGUUCCACCACUUUCAAAGGCUAACAACAUCAUAUUCGGACGAACUUGGGUUGAUUCCCCCGGUGACAUGAUCUUGACAAACCUCACAACAGGCGAGAAGGUGGUUCUCUACUUCCAACCUUGCGGGUGGUUCGGUGCUGGCCGCUAUGAAGUGGAUGGAUAUGUGUAUGACGCAGAGGAAGAACCUAAGUUCUUGAUGACAGGGAAGUGCAACGAGUUCAUGAGCUAUCAGCCUUGCGACUCUGAGGGCGAACCCACUCCUGGCUCAGAGCUCAAAGAGGUGUGGAGGGCUGCUGAACUUCCCAAAAACGAUAGAUUUCAAUACACUCAUUUCGCACACAAAUUGAACAGCUUUGACACUGCACCUAAGCCGCUGCUCCUGUCAGAUUCUCGUCUGCGUCCAGACCGUAUGGCACUCGAGCAGUAUGAUCUCUCUAAAGCUGGUGCCGAAAAGUCUAGGCUGGAAGAGAGGCAACGGGCUGAGAAGCGAACGAGGGAGGCGAAGAAGGACGAGUUCAAGCCCAAGUGGUUCGAGUUGACGGAUGAGAAGGCUUCGACACCUUGGGGUGAGUUGGAAGUUUACCGAUACAAUGGCAGGUACGAACAAUAUCGUGCUGGUGUGGAGAGUUCAGACAACAGUUCCAAGGAGUUUGAUCCAUGGCAAUAUCAUGACGAUUCGCCUACUGCUCAAACAUAAACAUCAUCACGUCCAUUAUUUCUUUUAUUUUUCCAGAUUUUCAAAUGUUAAAUUGUUGGGAUUCUUAAUUAGUCCAUAUACUUUUCAUGUAUCUUUUUCUGGGAUGAUAUAGAUUUUACGUAGAUGAGAUGUAUAUGGCAUGGCACAUUUCUUUUUUCUUUUUCUUUUUUUUGUAUUUUUGCUUUUGGUUUCAUUGUUUGUUUGAAUGUAUCAAAAAAUGAGUUUUAUGCAAUUGUUUAGAGAAUGUUUGUCAA